CGGCUCCGUCAGACGGUUGCCAUUAGCGACCGAGCAACUGAAACUUCCGAGAUGCCUUUUUACAUAAAGUGGAACUGAGCGUUGACUGAAAAUAAAAACGUAAGAAUAACGGAGAAUAAGACUUUUACUCAUCAUGGCAGCUCCACAGAGAAACGUUGAAAACUUCAUGAAGUCCGAGUCGGAGGGCAUUGUUCCUUCUCACCAGCAUAUGGACAUUGUUCAGAGGUCACUGGACAAACUUCUGAGCCUUUCUGCAGAGGACGCUACAGAGACAGAAAUGCUGCGGUCCAGGAUAGACGAGCAGUCAAGUCUGAUCUGCCUCCUGAAACAGAGGGCAGAUGAGCUGCUUCUUCGAUGCCAAGCCCUUCAAAAAAUCAAUACAGAGCUGGAGGACGGAGUAACAGACUGCCAAAAAGAACUGGACAGCGAGAGAAAAAAAGCUGAGUUGAAAGAGAAGAGGUUUAUGGAUUUAGCUGCCAACAACCAAGCAAUUAUUACUUUCAUGGAGGACUACAAAACUCAAAAUGACCAAUUAAAGAUGGAAAACAAACAGCUGCAGUCAGAAAACCAUUCACUUUUCUCCAAAAAAUUGCACGAUAAAGAAGUGCUUGUGCAAAAACUGAUGCAAGAAAUAAAACUGCUGACAGAGAAUUACACAAAUAAAGAAAAUGGAUAUCGGGAGAAAUUAGCUGAUUCCCAGUCAACACUCCGGGAAGAAGCAACUCAGCAGAAAGCCAAGAUGGCAUCGCUACUCAAUCAAUUGCACGACACCGAGCAACAGCAAAGAGAAGCUGCAGAGAUGUGCAAAGACUUGAAGCUGAAGCUUGAAAGCGCUGAGGAAAAGUACGCCUUGAAGGAGAUCAACGUGAGAAAAAGUGUAACAAGCCUUACCAAAGAGAAGGACAAGCUGUUGUCUCUGUCCAUGGAAAGAGGGAGAGUGAUACAGGAGAAACAAGAGGAAAUCCAGCAGCUGGAGAGAAAAUUGAAAGAAGAGAAAAAACUGCGGGCUGAAGCAGAAGACAGGUUUGAACAGGACGCAGAGGCUGUUGACGCAGACGUGAAGGUGGAGUCUCUCCGACGUGCUCUCAAUGAAACCACAACAAAGUAUGAAAAGCUUGAAAAGGAUUUCGAAGCCUUCAGAGAGCACAGUGCCAGCCUCCUUACACAAGAGAGGGAGCUGAAUAAGAAACUUCGCCACAUGAUAGGCUAAACUUAAGUAUUAUGUCAGUGUCAUGUCUUCUUACCAACGAGACACGUUGUCAAUGAAACUUUUUUUCCACCAGUGCUAACAAUGAAAAAGGAAAAACCAGGACAAAAAAAUGGAAAUAUCACAAUGUUUUUAAUUUCAUCACUCUAGUGAACUGGAGGCAUAGCGCAACAUACUUGGCAUGAAACAUUAGCGGUGCCUCUAAUAGAAAUUUGAUUGUACAAAUAUACCUGGCAGACAAAUCACAAUUGUUCAAUUGGACCCACCAUGUAGAAAGCUUGCUCUGGCAGGGCAUCGUGUUCACCUUAAAGAGAGACAAAGAACAGCCAUUUACCAUCAAACGUCCACUGACUGGAACUACACCAACCAAUACACCAACCAAUCUUUCCGUCCUUGGCUUGGGGGGCCAGCAGAUCUACCACCUUGAUGCCAGUGACCAGGAUCUCCUGCUCCACACUCAUGUCUGUGAACUCGGGGGCUUCAGCGUGAACAGGAGCAGUCCUGUUAGGAUAAUAAUUGUCCUGAUUAAAUAUGGAAUUUAUAUGUUAAAUCUAUAUAUAUUGUCAAUAGCAAUAUAUAUGUAUGUGUAUAUGUGACAAUUUUAUGAAGACAUCUUUAGUGGGAACAAAGGGGUUUGCAGUUGCUAUAGACAGGGCAUGGAAGUCAGAGACAAUGAAGAAUUUAGAGAAUGACACAAGGUUGGUUUUGGUAUUUUCAUGUUAUUUGUUGACAUGGACAAACAGACAGAAUAACUCCACUUCAUGAUCUUCAUGUUUGGUACUACUUGGAGCCCUCUCACCUAUGGGUUCUCCAAUGACAUUCAUGAUCCAGCCCAAGGUCUCAGGUCCCACGGGGAUCCUGAUGGGGGUCCCGUGUCCAGACCCUCUGUAGCUUCCAUGACAAUUGUCCCGACUGUGUUUUCACCUGGAGGAACGCACGAGGGGAGACAGUAGAAGACGGCGUUUAAAUCGACAUUUGUUGAUCAGCGUUCGAAACUCAAGUAUCACGUCAACCCACUUACCCAAAUGCUGUGCCACCUCAAGCACCGGCCUGCUCUCACGGCCAACCACCUCCAGUGCAUUGAGGAUGGGAGGAAGGCCCUCGUGAAACCGGACGUCCACCACGGCACCGAUCACUGCUGCCACUAUGCGGCCAUUGGCCAGAGCAGCCUGAGCAGCUGGUGCUGCGCGUAACCCCUUCCUGAAGAGACAGUGACAGAAAGAGGACAACGACAUUAAUGACAACACAAUAAAUGUGACUUUACAUGAGA